GAUCGAAGAUCGAUCGAGCUCAAGAGUGACGAGUCCAAGUCAGAAGUCUCUCUCUUUGCUGUUAUCGGUCCCUAGUUGAAGCCUUCAAGGCUCAACAUUUGGCUGCGAAUUCAUUUUUCUGGAUUUUGGAACUGCGUAGUCGCAAUCUCUGUCUCUAUCACACCCUUCCAUCCCAACGGAGAUAGCUAAGAAUUCGUCUUUAAAAACCCAGAAAGGUCCGAAUAUGCCGGCCAAGGACGGCCAGAAUCUUUCGCAUCAUGCUACAGUCAUUUUCUUUUUCUAUCACCUAAAUACCCUUUUGCAUCCUUCUUCUUCUUUGUUACUUCAUGUCACCUAUUAUUCUGGACACUGCGAAUGCCAUCACCAUGAGACUCGAAUCAUAGAGGACUAUGGGCUCUCACCAGGUUAAGUCAUCUAGGCCCUCUGGGAGGUUCGAAUUACAGAAUGGGUAUGCCGGAGAUGAUGACUUUAUUGCUCAUAGACGAUCCACGGGGCGGAAAUUUGAUCGGACGGAGUAUGGCCGGCAAAACCAGCGCGAACCCAGGGAGCACCAGGUUGAGUCUGGUAUGGGCAAUGACAAAAGACAGGAUGGUGGCGUUGCUGGUCCUGAAAGAGUUAAAGAGAAGGGGAGAUUGAAUAACAGAGAGGGAAAGAAGCAUGCUGUGCGUAAUAUUUCGAAGGUAUCAAGGAAGUCUUUCGAAGAUGAGAUGGUUGAUGGAUGGCCCAAAUGGCUAGUUGAUAACGUUCCAAAGGAAGCAUUGGCUGGUUUGGUUCCCAAGAGUGCUGAAUCGUACAUUAUGAUCAAUAAGGUAGGGCAGGGAACUUAUAGCAAUGUUUAUAAAGCUCGAGAUCGAAACACUGGAGAAUCAGUGGCCCUCAAGAAGGUGCGCCUUGACACAUCCAGGCCUGAAUGCAUUAAAUUCAUGGCAAGAGAAAUUAUGAUAUUACGGGGAUUGGAUCAUCCCAAUGUAGUAAAACUCAAGGGAUUGGCUACUUCAAGAAUGCAUUAUAGUCUUUAUCUUGUUUUUGACUUCAUGCAAUCAGACUUGGCCAGGAUAGUUUCUUGUCCCGAAGAGAGACUAACUGAACCACAGGUCAAGGCCUAUAUGCAUCAAUUGCUUUCAGGUCUGCAGCAUUGCCAUGAUAGGGGCAUUUUGCAUAGAGAUAUCAAAGGGUCAAACCUUUUGAUUGAUAAAAGUGGGAUGCUUAAGAUUGCAGAUUUUGGGCUUGCCAAUUAUUAUAAUCCCAACCAUAACCAGCCUCUCACAAGCAGGGUUGUGACACUAUGGUACAGAGCUCCUGAAUUGUUGCUAGGUGCCACAGAUUAUGGAGUUGGUAUUGAUCUAUGGAGUGCCGGAUGCCUCCUGGCAGAAAUGUUUACAGGGGUUCCAAUUAUGCCUGGCAGAACAGAGGUGGAGCAACUUCAUAGAAUUUUCAGGCUAUGUGGUACACCAUCAGAGGGUUAUUGGAAGAAAUUCAAAGCUGCUGGGACUUUUAGGCCUCCAAAGUCUUAUAGACCCUGCCUUGUAGAGACUUUCAAAGAUUUCCCUUCAUCUUCUUUGGGUCUAUUAUGUACUCUACUUGCCUUGGACCCUGCUUACCGUGGAACUGCCUCUAAAGCUCUCCAAAAUCAAUUUUUCUAUACAAGUCCACUAGCAUGUGACCUCUCUGGUCUUCCUGUGAUCUGCGUUGAAGAUGAAGAGCAAGAUCAAGCCGAUGAACAAAUGAAGCGCAUGAAUUCUAAAAUUAGACGCUCCCAUACAUUACUCGAGCGUCGUAGAAAGAGUCUGGUAUCUGAAAAGCCAGCAGAAGCCACUAUGUCUUCUAAAGAAGAAUCAAGACAGAAUGCUGAUACAUACGUCCCACUUGACGAACUGGGCAGCACAACCAGUAGUACCUCAUCAAGUUUAAAUCGAACUGAGGCAAAGGAUUCUUCACCUAUCUUCUCUCCAGAUGUGUCCUCAGAUCAAAAGCUGCUCCUCAGAACAAAUCGCGAUGAUAAUGGUGGUGAAAACAUUGAUAAAUUUCCUCCUUUACCGAAGUCAAAACCUCGUGCAGCCAGGGGAGAAGAUGCUCAAUACAGAUUUUGCCCAGCCCGCAGGUCUACUUCCGCCAGAGAUUUCAGAAUCUCAAGACAAAAGGACCGUUUACUCCUUGAAACAGAUGAUCAGACUGCCAUAGAUGACACGUAAGCUCACAGCAAUAUUUUUUGCUCUCUGUUCCAUGCAUUCUUGAACUUCCCUUGAGUAAUCUUUUCAGUAACUCUUGACUGAUUCUGUAUCUUGUAAGAAGCAGAAGGUUUUGUUUCCUCACAUUGUAUUUGUUGAUUUAUAAGACUAAUAUGAAAUGAAUAUAAUCUCUUUUUAUUUAA